UUUUGUCCUGCCCAUGGUCCAUGGCAUUCCCUUUCCCCUUUCUGUGGUGGAUUUAUUCACGUACAAGAGACCCCGUGGAAACCGGCUCCCUGGAGGAAUUCGAGUGCGACGAGGAGGUGCCGGAGGAAGACGACAUCUGCUGGGGUCUGGGAGAGAUCCUGCUUUAUUACUGCCUGGCUGUGGCUGCUAUAAGGAUCAUCUAUAUCGGUGCAGACUGGAUUGUCCCGAAAUGCGGUGGUGGAAUACAGCCAUGCAAGAAGGUUAGAUAUACAAAAGGUUGCCAGGACCCCACCGACAGGUGUCAAGACAGUGGGUGCGGUAUCCUGGGGUGCCUAAGGAAGCUGUUUGCGGGAGAGUGUGAAAGAGACACCGCCGAGGACGAGGCGUCCCCCAGUUCUCCUCCUCCCAGGAAGGAGACGAAGGAGCGCCUCUCCAAGGUCAGCCAGCAAAGCUUCUGCGACAGCGACUCUGUGGUCUCCUCGGAGUCGCAGGUGUCCUCGUGGAAAGGCAGCCAGACGGCUGACACCGACGGCAGCGCCUCCAGUGCGAGAGGGAGGAAGAUGGUGGUGAGGGAGAGGAGCCCCAGGCGUGUCCCCUGGAUGCCAGAGGAAGCGUGUCCCCGCUGCAAAGCCAAGAGGACGAGAGAGUGGCUGGCCCAGCACUUCUUUGACCCAGAAUGGUGUUCUCCAGGGAAGCACAACUGAUCCCGAGGAGAGUCCCUUCCGGGGAAGGGCGACAAUGUCCACACGCAACCCGCUUUCGCCCGCGCUUCCUUCAAGGGUUGUUUGCCUGGGCAAGGAGGGUGGGGUGGGUGGCUCGCACCUCUGAGAGGUGACUGAGG